AAUAUGUGUUGAGUUUGAGUCCAAACAAGUGCUGAAUCACUGAAUGAAUUGAAUAUUGUUUUUGUUAUUCAAGUAUUUCAUUGAAUUGUCAAUCAAUUGAUCGCUUAUUUGGUUAUUAUCUGAACAAUUAAGAAGAGAUGUCAAGAGGAAGUUCAGCGGGUUUUGACCGACACAUCACUAUUUUUUCACCCGAAGGACGUCUAUAUCAAGUCGAGUAUGCUUUCAAAGCCAUAAAUCAGGCGUCGAUCACCUCAUUGGGUCUCAAAGGUAAAGACUGUGCUGUUGUCGUAACACAGAAGAAAGUGGCCGACAAACUGAUCGAUCCGUCGUCUGUGACUAAUCUUUACCGUAUUACACCAAACAUUGGAUGUGUCAUCACUGGUAUUGUUCCCGACUCUGUGUCACAGGUGCAAAGGGCUCGUUAUGAAGCGGCAAACUUCAAGUAUAAGUACGGCUAUUCAAUGCCUAUUGAAGUGUUAGCCCGAAAACUGGCUGAUAUCGCUCAGGUGUACACACAAAAUGCCGAAAUGAGACCAUUAGGCACUUCAAUGAUGUUAAUUGCUUACGAAGAAGGUAAACCACUGCUAUUUAAGACAGAUCCGGCCGGUUAUUACUGUGGAUACCGAGGUUGUGCUGUUGGCGUCAAAGCAGUUGAGGCGCAAAAUCAAUUGGAAAAGAAGCUGAAGAAGCGAACUGAUUACGACCAGAAGGAAACCAUUCAAUUGGCGAUUACAACACUUUCUAAUGUAUUGUCAAUUGAAUUCAAACCCAAUGAGGUUCAGGUGGGAAUAGUAGACAGCAGUGGUUUAUUUCGGGCGCUAACCGAACAGGAAAUUGAACACCACUUGACACUAAUUGCCGAAAAAGAUUGAUUUCAGUUGAUAUUUAUUUUACUGAUUUUUCAUAUUAAAUAAAAAUAUUUUUAAAAAAUAAACUUAUGUUUAUAUUUUUGGACAUUUCAUUUAC